AAUUCCUAAACAAUUGAUUAGGGACAAUGCCAACUUAAUUGUUCUAUUUGAACAGGACGACUUGAACUUGCGGCACAUUUAUGAAGAUCACGUUGCUCCCAUAAUAACGAUGCCGUUGUUCCGAGAGAUGUGCUCGGAAAGUUGGCGAAAUCCGUAUGGAUUUAUGGUGAUAAAUAAGGAUGCGGAUGUGCAAAACGGCCGUUUCAGGAAAGGUUUCGAUCACUAUAUAAUACCGUGAAAACGUGUUUGUUAUUCAGUUAGAAAUAAACAGCUAUCAAGUCAACAGCUUUCAAAAUAAACAGCUUUCAAAAUAAACAGCUUUCAAAUAAGAGCUCAUUGAAAAACAGGCUGUUCCCCCUGUUUGUUUACCUGUUCCCUUGAUCGCAUCAUCAUCAUCAUCAUCAUGGAUACUAAAGAGAUGGCCUUGAAACGACGAAUAGUUCAAGCGCGUAAAGCGAUACAGCAAAAGUACAAUCGUCUCAAAGCGGAUCGUUUUAUUAAAGAAGUGGAGUUUGUACGAACGUAUAAACCGUUAAUUCAACCGCUAUCCCAGAUCGUAAAGAAAAUCGAACCGCCGCCGUCAUCAUCGGUUAUUGAUACGAAAAAGGAGGAGCCAGAGGACGAAGUAUUUACAUCGCCCCCUAAAAAACGCCAAUCUCCUGCAAAAAGAAAGUCACCACUACAACGUACGACUCCUGCGAUACCUUAUUACAUGCGAUCGAGACGAAGACCCUCUUCCCUUACCGAGAUCAGUCCGCUGGCUAGACUGCCCUACUUUCAAAAAUAUCCGCCAACCGAUAUGAGUCCGAUGGUUAGACCUUUUCACCCGACGGCUACUCCAUCAUUGAGACAGCCGCCGUCAUUUCUACAGAGUACAGUGAUAGGAGAGCAUCAACCGGAGGAGGAAGAAGAAGAAUCCUCUGUCGCAUCAUCAUCUGCUUCAUUACUCGAUAUGCAAGGUUCGCAAGCCUUUUUGGAACAAUACAACCACCUACCGCGGAUAUACGUCGAGCGCAUGAUAAGGGAUACGAGUAAUGCAAUUGACACGACUUUUGGAAUUCAUUAUGAUGUCGAAACGGAUAAGUGGACGAUGGGCAGGACGCCGGUGACGAUAAGUGACGAAGAUUUGGUCGUUAACGGGAUCCGGUACAAAGGUACUGCGGGCCUAUACGAACUGAUCAUUAUGAAUGAACCGAAUGAAUCGCUAGUAUCCAAUCAGGAUAGAAAUAACUAUAAGCAGAUAAUAAUAGCAACUCAUGUCGCACGGCGCAAUUACGAUCCCACCGAUCAGAUUCGAGGCAAUAAGAGCAAAAAGUAUAAGCUCAUAAUAAAGCCUCUACUAAAGGAGGAGGAGGAAGAGACGAAGAGGGGGCGUGCGAAAUCCGGAAGCGGUAUAUUCAAGGAACUCGGCCGACCGACCGAAUACAAAUACUGGAAUAGCGUGCAUGAACUGAUUAGGGAUUUAGAGGUUUUAUGGGGUGAAAAAAUGGCUGGUAACACUGGAGUACAAAAUGAUAUAAUAUCAAUCGUGGAAGAGCUGUACGAGGAAGGUUACAUAAAAAAGCCCACGCGACCGUUUUUACGUCAACUAGUAUAAAUACCCCCUUUUCCGUCUUCUUGCCCACAUUCGCCAUGGAUAAAUUCGGACGUUCUCAUACCCACGCUCAAUUUGGGAAACUGCUAAAGACAAAAUUUUCCAUUACCGACGAUACUAUAAAUGUGGAAAAUAAGAGACUAAGUAAUGUUGUGGAUCCUAUUGAACGUCACGAUGCCCUAACGUUGCAACACUACCUAUCAACAAGACUAAAUCUCAACGGAAACCGGUUAAUGAACCUCGCCGAUCCAGUAGACGACCGCGAUGCCAUAAAUAAAGGGUACCUCACACAAUACAUGCAGAUUGCGAAAGCGCCCGUAGACAGUCUUCGCAAUUACGUAGCGGUACUAGAGGAAGAGUUGAAAGCGGUCAAAGAAACUUUACAUAAACUAAUAGAGGAUGCAGCAGGUGGUGAACGAGUUACACAAAGCGGCGCGCAAAAACUUCCCUCGUAGACGUACCAUCAUUAAAGGCUUCGAUGAUCUUUGGCAAGCAGAUCUAGCCGAAUUUAUACCUUACGCAAAAGAGAAUAAAGGCUACAAAUACAUAUUAGUAGUUAUCGAUUGUUUUUCAAAAUAUCUAUGGACGCGAGGGUUGAAGACUAAAACGGGUGAGGAGGUGACAAAAGCCGUACAGGCUAUUUUCAAAUCUACGAGACGCAGACCGAAAAAUCUACAGACCGAUGCAGGGAAGGAAUUCUAUAACAAAUCAUUCGCCAAAUUAAUGAUGCAAGAACGCAUUAAUCACUAUUCCACGUACAGUACGAAAAAGGCCGCACUGGCCGAGAGGGUUAUAAGAAGUAUAAAAAACCCCUUGUACCGGCAGUUUAGUUUACGCGGAAAAUAUGUAUGGAUAGAUGCAAUCGAAUCGAUCACGAGCGAGUACAAUAAUCGUAAACAUCGAACAACGGGGAUGAAACCGAUCGAAGUGAAGGCCGAUACAAAGCUGGACGCCUACAACCACAUCAAGCUCUUCAACAAUAAGAAAUGCCGUUUUAAUGUCGGCGAUGUAGUUCGAAUUAGCAAAUUUAAAUCCAUAUUUGCGAAGGGCUACACCCCCAAUUGGUCCAGUGAGCUGUUCAAAAUUAUAAAAGUACAAAUAACAAAUCCGGUCACGUAUUUGUUGGAAGACAUGAAGGCUAAACCGAUUUUAGGUGGAUUUUACGAACAUGAGUUGCAGAAGGCCAAGUAUUCGGACGUAUACUUGGUUGAAAAAGUCCUGCGUCGCAAGAAAGACAAAGUGUACGUGAAAUGGUUGGGUCUGGACGAGAAAUCGUGGAUUGAUAAAAAUAAUGUUGUUCUAUAAGGUUAUGAUGUGUCGAUUUGAAUAAAUAAAUAACUAAAAACUUAAAUAUUUACUUUUUAUUAUUGUAAUUCACCAUACAACAUAUUUCCUAGUGUCUCUUUUUCUCGAUGUCAUCUAUUCCACCACCCUCCUUUUUUAUCGAGAUAUUUUUCAAUUGUUGUUAGAAGUGAUUAUUGAAAUAUGUCGAACAAUAUCAGAUUCCAUUUUCCAUCAUAUCUACCCAUAACACGGUGCUGCGACAAAUUCCAAGAGUGGCAGGAAAUUCGUUAUCGUAUCUUACAUAGAUAAUCGUUUGUCCCAGACACUCACACCCCACACUUCUUGUUAGGGGUUAUGCAAAAUUGACGAAAUGCGAUAUACAGAUACUACGUCAAUGAUGCACAGAAGUCAUGAGAUCUCACGGAUUAAAGCUCAUUUAAAGUUCAUCUUCCCAGUACAUUAAUGAAUAUUAUCAUUGUUAAACUGAGGUGAAUGGUCUCUGCCGUCUUCUGGGAAUCUUCAAUGUUGCAGGUGUUUCACGGGUAUCAUUUGGGACAAUGGUUGAUAUGUGUGUGUGAGAACGUCCUUGAUGUUAUUUUAGAAUCACUCUUUUGCUAACUCCAACAAAAACCUCCACAUAUAUACCUAGGGGUAGACAUUUUGCGGCACAAGUGUUAAUCUGCACGUUAUCGUCAUGUCUUCAACCAAACGCGCCAACAAGUUGACUUUAAAAAAAAGUGCAACGAGUAAGAAGCCUUACAUAAAUGCCUGUGGGGGUGGUGGACGCUCAAUCUUAAAGACCGCCUUAGAAAAACCUACAAAAUUAUCCGAUGGUGAUGUGAUCAACCUCGUCACGGAAGAUGAAGAAGGACAUCGGGAAAGGUAAGUUGUAAACUUGUAUAAUAAUUUAGUACUGGCUCUCCACCAUCCAUAUAGAUACUAAUGUUGUAGGUAUUAUUUUAUUUUUUUUAUAGAACAAUAGCUACCACCACCACCACAAAUGAACUGGAAGAUUUUCUAAAAGAAUAUGAGGGAAAUUUCAAUCAUGUUUACGCUCCUCCAAUUACAACGAUUCCUCCACCUCCCAUGAGACCCCCGGUGAUAGAUCCCAGACAUGGCCAGCAACAACAACAGCAACAACAACAACAGUUAAGCCAGUAUCCAUCAGUACAAAUAUUGGAGCACAUUAUAAUUCCUGCGCCGCUACCCCAGGCAAAUACUCAAACGCAGCCACCAGAAAAUGGUAGCUUUACAUCCACAAAUCCUCGAUGGGGUGGCAUGCAUCAAUUUCCAAAUAAUCCAGCUCAACAACAACAACAACCAAAUUUACCACUACAGCUACCUGUAAAUAACGGCGGCAACAAUCACUUUCAUGCCCCGUUGCCUAGGGGGGAAAAAGAUAUGCAAUUACUAAGAGAAUUUUAUGAAAACGUCUCUCCGCCGUCUUCAGCAGCCAUCGACCAAGAAGAGGCGCCACCACCACCGCCGCCAUCUCAUGAAUCGCCCAGAUGGCGCGAGCCAUCCACACCCCAAGAGCUGGCGAUGUUAUCAAUGGGGUGUCUGGAGAAGAUGCUGACAACUUUCCAGGCCAGACAAAGAAAUUCCCAACUCCAGACGGAGCGUUUAGAACGGGAGUUGGAUGCAUCACGAGUUCAAGAUGAAAACCUGCAUCGAGAGAUGAAAUUUAUUAUAAGUUACAUGGAAUUUUUAAAAAAUAAUUAAUUUUUCUUUUCAAAUUUAACUUCACAUUUGUAAUUAAUAAGUAAAACAUUAAUGUAAUGUACCUAAUUUGUAGAAAAUACAUGGAUUAUUUAAUGCGA